AUGGAGCACCAGACGUCUGGGAUCUGGGUAUGGUUGGCCUUGACACUUUCUUUCUCAAGUGCCUAUGACAUUAUUCCAGGAAGACCUAUCGACCACACAAAGUCCAUCUGCAGUUCAUGGGGAAAUUUCCAUUACAAGACAUUUGAUGGAGUUAUCUAUCAGUUUCCUGGUACCUGCAAUUAUAAUUUGGCUUCAGACUGUGGGGAUUCCUAUCAUGAGUUUUCUGUCCACAUCCAGCGUUCCACUGAGAAUAAUAGCCCAAUAAUUAAUCACAUCCUUAUGCAAAUCAAGGAUGUCACCAUUGAACUCAGAAGAGAUUCUGAGAAGCUGAACGGGGAAAUGUAA